AUGGUUGCGACUUUCUGUGUUAACAAUGUGCAUUCGGACAUGCCAUCACUCGUGAUCCGAAUUUAUCUUGUACCAUACGAUUUGCCUGGCAUGAAUGGAAGUUUGAGCUACCAUGCUCGAAAGCGUGAAAACGCUCAAGGGCAUGGCCUAGCUAGGCGACACAUGUCAAUAUUGCUUCCACAAAUCCGCCGAGAUCAAUCAAGUUGGAGUUUCGGAACUGCAGACUUGAAUCACAACCCUCCCUCGAUAUUGAGUAAUUUAACUGACCGAAAACAGCUUGCUGAAAUAUAUGCGAAUAUUCCCUCACCCACUCCAGGAAAACUAAAAAACAGCUCGUCUCUGGUGUCACGACUAUUGGAUCCUGGUGAUGCUAUUGGGGAGAGUUUAGGGCUACGAUCGUUGUUGCUCCGCUAUCAGCGAGAGUCCGUGGCAACAAUGCUAGAACGCGAGGAACACGCCCAUCUGAGCACACCCAAUCCGCUUUACUUGACGUUGAAGACUAUGGACGGAAGUAUAUUUUAUUAUCAGCCGGGUACAACGGAAAUUUUACGGGAAAAGAGUAUGGUCUCGUUGCCACCUGGUGGUGUGCUUUGUGAAGAGUUAGGAACUGGAAAAACUCUUAUAAUACUGGCUCUCGUCCUUGGGACAAUGAAACAGCUUUCAAAACCAGAAGAGUCAGUCAUCGACACUCGACCAGUCUUGACCCCUCUAGCCUUCCAACGCUUUCCCUCUGGUGAAAUUUCUUCACUCCGAGAACGAUUCCCACGGAAAGCAAAGAUGACUGAAGUGAGCUCAGAAUCUCGAGUACCCUCAUUUCGAGAGCUCUUACUUCAUCAACUCUGCUCCAAUCCUGAUAUCCGUGUCCCCGACACAAGCACGGCGACAGGUGUAGCCCUAAAGGAAAGACAGCGGCAUCUUUCCGAAACAUUCGAUCUACCAGCGUUCGAAUCAUUGCGGAAAUUGCAGAAGGAAAACCUUCCCUUCUAUUUCCACUUUCAGGAUGAUUACACUCUCACCGAUUUUCGUACAAGCGAUCGUGGUCGAGAUAAUCCCGGACCUCGAGUAAUGUAUCUCUCAGUUGCAACACUGAUUGUAGUUCCCCCUAACUUGAUUAGUCAAUGGGACAGGGAGAUCCACAAGCAUUGCAAAGAGAUGCCCAGGGUCCUCAUAGUACGAUCAAACACAGUCCUUCCUUCAGCAAGGGAUCUUGCUGCGAACUACGAUAUUAUCCUCAUAACGUACUCAAGAUUUUGCGAUGAAGACCGAAAAGCUAACAUUGCUAAUGCUCAUACUUGGAAAUUGUGCAAGUGUUUCGGAAUAGAAGAUUUCUGCAUUUCUCCUCGAUGCAGAUGCAAACCACCAGACAUCUCGCCACUGUUGCAAAUACGGUGGAAACGACUCGUCAUUGACGAGGGACAUAUCUCUUCAUCGCUUUCGACACGAUUUACCCCUUUCGCGCAGCAAGUCAGCGUGCAGGCAAGAUGGAUUGUUACCGGAACACCUACGACAAAUCUGCUUGGCUUGAGCUUUGGGGAGUCGGGCACUGAGGAGAUCAACGAAAGUCCAAAACAUACGCCACCUCAGUCACUAUCAGAGUUAGAAGAUGAAUGCUCUUUAUUGAAUAGCGGUGAGCGGUUUGAGCUAUCCCUGGCCAAACCUCAUACAUGUAUCUCAGCUCGUAUCUGGAAUGCUUCCGACAAUCGAGAUAUCACUAAAUUAAUGACCAUGAUCUCCCAAUUCAUCGGUGUCAAGUUUUUAGCGGAUGGUCAAGUAAUUAGGACGCACAUUAAGGAUGCGUUGUUUACCGAAAAGGGUCCUCUGCCAGGGGGGGUUGAUAUUCUAGUUCAGAUCAUGAGAGAAAUGAUGAUUCGGCAUCAAAUUUCUGAUGUAGAGAAGGAAAUUACCCUCCCCAAGCUUACUCAAGAGUCUGUAUUGUUAGAUCUGGAUCCACUCAUGACCAUAUCCUACAAUGCUUUACAAGCUGGGAUAGCACUCAAUGCAAUAGACUCUGAACGCAAAGACCGAGAUUAUCUAUUCCACCCUACUAAUGCUGAAUAUCUCCAACUUACAGUAAAAAAUAUGUCACAAUUGAUGUUUUGGUCGGUAGAUUCGAAACUCUACAAUAUCAAGGAUAUCGUUAAACAGGCCGAAGAAUUACUAUCGAAAGUCAAAGAAGGGAAAAAGGAUAUACCUGAGUGUGAUGUAGUUCAAGUGCGAAAAGCACUGAAGCACUCCCGUAUAGCCUCUCAAAAUAAUCUUUGGAACCUGAUUCAAAUGCAUGAUUACAUGCCCUAUUUUGUUAUCAAUAUUCCUUCUCCAAUCCUGAAGGAAUGGUCUGGACUACCUGAUCAUCUUAUCCCCGCGGACCGUCUCCUCCAACUGCAGCAGCGAGUUCAUCGUUGGCCUCUAAGUGACGAGGUUCAACUAUGCUCCUUCGGACGGGAAAUGGGCGAAAUUGAUGUCCGGCAUCGUCUCAUUCUUGAAGAGCUCACGCAGAAGAAAGAGAAACGAAAAGAAAAAGAAAAGAAGCCAGCUUUUCCUGUCGUUUCGAGCGAUUUCAAAACACGGACUGCAAAAAAGAAAGCAUCAUCAAAUGAUCGGGACCAUCGGAUACGUGAAAUGCGGAAAGAUUUACAGGCCUCAUUGGCUCGCCUUGAUGCACUCGAGGAAAACGGAAGUCCAGCUGGCUCCAGCUCCCUCAAGAUCAAGAUUCCUGCAAGUAUGAAUCGGAACUCCAUUUUGCUGCAUCAGUCACCAGUUGCCCAUGCCCAUGUCCAGAGCACUGCUUCGAGUAAGCUCAACUACAUCUUAGAGGAGGUCCAGAAACACUCUGUGGAAGAAAAGUUCCUGAUCUUUUCUGACUCCCCGUUGACUCUAUCCCACAUUCAUGAGGCCCUUAACCUCCUCCAAGUCAAGAAUCUACAAUUUACAAGUCAGACUUCAGCCUUGGAGCGAGAGCAACUUGUCCUGACCUUCGAAACUUCGACCACUUUUCGAGUCUUUCUCAUGGAACUGAAACACGGAGCCCGAGGCUUAAACUUGGUCUCUGCGUCGCGAGUCAUAUUCUGCGAGCCAGUAUGGCAGGCUGAUGUUGAAUCCCAAGCAAUAAAGCGAGCACAUCGUAUUGGUCAAGUCAAGCCUGUCACCGUGAAAACCCUAGUCAUACAGGGAACCGCCGAAGAGAAGAUGAUGGAACGACGGCAACAGCUAAAAAGCAUCCCAGGCAAGGCGCCAAAACUUUUAGAGGAAGCAGGAAUGCGACAUUUCAUUGCAAAUCCGGAGUUCAUCGAAUCCCAUGGCCACCCUGGAGUGGCCACACCGCGAGGCAACUUUCCACUGUUCCGUCUUCCUCAUCUUAACGAAUCGUCACCACAAAUUACAACCAGCCAUAAACGAGUGCGUUUAGAGGAACCAGUCCAAUCGUCAGACACCGCACAGAAAAAUAGAAAAACUGUACGCUUUGUUUGA